AUUCAAAUUUUUAACAGGACGUCUAAAAAUGACACAUCUGCGAAGGAGGUGCUCCUCGAUCUUGCCUCCAAAAUUUAUAUCCAUGAAAAAUGCAGAUUUAACAUAAACCGUUCUGCUGUGCUUGAUGGUGCUGUUAGAGGUUUCAAGAGACUGUCCUACAAUCCGACCUUCCAAAUGUGUGUCAUGUUCUCGGAUGACUUUGGCGUGGAUGAGGAGGCUGUUGACCUCGGUGGCCCUAGGAGGGAGUUCCUGCGUCUACUUAUGGAGGCCCUGGCACACUCACAGAUGUUUGAGGGAAGGGAAGGAAAACCCAACUUGGCUUUGGAAAGUUCAGCUUUACGAAAGGACCAGUAUUUUUUUGCCGGCCAGGCCAUUGCGGUGAGCCUAGUUCAUGGCGGGCCUGCUCCUGGGUUCUGUUCCUCUUCUUUGUACUCCUCCCUGACCGGAAGAUCGCCCAAGCCUGAGAUGGAGGAGAUUGCAGAUUUGGACCUUUAUGCCAAGGUCAAAAAGGUGUCAGAAUGUACAUCUUUAGAUGAAUUGCAACAGGCCACAGAACCACUUACAGAUUAUCUGGCCAAUGCUGGGUGUCUCAGGCCAUUGAAAGGCAUAGAGGACAAAGACCUUUUGGUGGAGGACAUCCUCAUGUUCCAGGUGGUCCAUCGCGUCAGUGGAGCAUUUGAAAGAUUCAGGGAGGGGCUGAAGACCCUUGGUGUUCUUGAUGCAAUAAGAAUGCACCCAGUUGCUUUCAGACCGCUGAUGUGUCACGAGCCAUCCCCACUGACAGCUGAUGUACUCGAAAAUCUAUUUGUUAUUCGACUGUCUGCAGUGGGCAGCAACAGAAGAAGGGCAGAGGAAUGUGUUGUUCCAUUUUGGAGGGACUACCUGAUGGAUAUUGAGGAGCAAGAGGGACCCUUGACCCUUGGUGGCAUCCUAGCCUUCGCAACGGGAGCAAAUGAAAUUCCACCCCUUGGCCUCUCCCCACGACCUUCAGUGGAUUUUCUCCAUGACCUUCCCCCCGGACAAGGCCGUCAUUUGCCCACUGCAAACACAUGCAUUAACUGCCUCAAGUUGCCAUUAGUGAACAACUAUGAGGAUGUCAAGGACAGCAUGGAAUUUGCAUUUAGAAACACGCAGGGUUUUGGUCAGGAAUGACUCCCAAGAAAACAAGGAAACAAGUUAUUUUUUUCAAUGUUAAAAAUGUUAAAUGUUCAAUGUUUCAAACUGAAGCAUAAAUUGUCAAGGGCCUUUGAUUAAAGGUCACAUAUUAUAGCACCAGGUGUGAGUGUGAUUAGCCGUUUAGAAAAUCUGCCUCUUUUGUCAUCACAAGGGGGCGUGUCCACCUAGAUUUAGGCUGGAUAGUUCAGUCUACCAGCCUACCCAGUGGACUGUAGCAAACAGUCAUCUAUCCAGCACACAUCUAGGUGGUCAUGCCCACUUGUGAUGUCAAAAGAGGCAGAUUUUCUGAACG